CCAACUUUGGUGGCGUCGAGAACCACAUCUAUUAUCUCUCUCAGUGCUUACUCAAGCUAGGCCACAAUGUAGUGGUUGUAACUCAUGCAUAUGGAAACCGAUCUGGGGUUAGAUACAUGACUGGUGGUUUGAAAGUUUACUAUGUUCCGUGGAGGCCUUUUGUUAUGCAGAAUUCAUUCCUAACCCUAUUUCCCUCACUCCCCAUUAUUAGAACCACUCUCAUUCGAGAAAGAAUCACUAUUGUCCAUGGACAUCAAGCAUUUUCCACUCUCUGUCAUGAAGCUCUCAUGCAUUCUAGAACCAUGGGGUACAGGGUUGUAUUCACGGAUCAUUCUCUGUAUGGAUUUUCGGAUGCUGGAAGCAUACAUAUGAACAAGGUCUUGCAGUUUACAUUGGCUGAUGUGAGUCAGGCCAUAUGUGUUUCGCCUACGAGCAGGGAGAAUACAGUGCUGUGGUCGGGGCUACCCCCGGAGAAGAUUUAUGUUAUACCUAAUGCUGUGGACACUGCAAUGUUCAAGCCAGCGGUGGUGCAGCCGAGCCGCUCGGAGAUUGUUAUUGUUGUUAUUAGCCGGUUGGUUUAUCGCAAAGGAGCAGAUUUGCUUGUUGAAGUUAUUCCAGAUGUAUGCCGUCUGCAUCCCAAUGUUCGUUUCAUUGUUGGAGGUGAUGGACCUAAGCGUGUGUGGUUGGAGGAGAUGAGAGAAAAACAUUCUCUUCAAGAUCGAGUUGAAAUGUUGGGAGUCGUGCCACAUGCACAAGUCCGAUCUGUUCUGAUAUCAGGACACAUCUUCUUAAACAGUUCGUUAACUGAAGCUUUCUGUAUAGCCAUAUUAGAGGCUGCUAGUUGUGGAUUGUUAACAGUUAGCACACGUGUUGGAGGAGUUCCCGAGGUUUUACCAGAUGACAUGAUCAUUUUGGCAGAACCUGAUCCUGGUGAUACGGUGCUUGCAAUUGAAAGGGCAAUAUCAAUGCUGCCAAAAGUUGAUCCACAAGUCAUGCACCACCGGAUGAGGGAACUCUAUAACUGGCAUGAUGUUGCCAAAAGGACUGAAAUUGUAUAUGAUCGUACUUUGAAGUGCCCCAAUCAAAAUCUACUUGUACGGGUCUCACGGUACAUUCUUAACAUUAUAUGUUGAAUUUGAUUGUAAUGGUAUUGUAUACUUUUCACUUUAAAGUUGUACAGGGAAAUCUGGUUUUUAUUCUUUUUAUGUGAUUUGUUGAUUACUUGAGGAUAAAAUUACUUGUUCUGCUUCUAACAUAGUUUAGUUGGGUUGGUAGCUGGCAAAGCAAGGAAUCAUUAGGUUUUUCAUUUAGUAUCUACACUAUUAUAUUUAUUCUUGCUAUGCGGAUAGUUUUUUGGAUUACUAAAUUAAGAAAUAGAACAUGAAGCUGAUUAUUAUUUCUGGAUUUUUCUCUUCCAUUCGAAGAUUAAUGUCAAUUGGAUAUCAAAACCUACUUAAGGAAUGAAGGGGCUAGUUCUAGUAGAAACUGAUAGUCUAUGUUUUGUCAUAUACCUAUAUUGCGGAGUGUGG